UGCAAUCAUUCAUCCAAUUCGUGGAGUCCACACGUGGCAUAAAGCAGUUGCUCUCUAGUGUUUGUUUUAUUUAUACCUGAAUAUUGCAAGCAACAAGAAUGAAGGGAGUUUUGUUCUUUUUCUUACUACUGUGCGUUUUUACGGUGCAGUGUAAGAAGCAGAAAAAUAGUGAUAGGAAAGAUAUUAUAAUUAUCAACGAUGUUAAAUUUUUCAAAAAAGUUAUGAAAACGCACACUAAUCUCCUCGUAUUAUUUUCACAGUCAGAGAAAGAAGUAGAAGACAAGUUGAACUUAUUGGGUACUUUGGCAAAGGAUUUCAAAGGCAAAGGAUCAAUAGCCUUUGUAAAUUGUGGGGAGUAUUCAAAAUUAUGCAAGAAAUUUAAAAUUUCAGCAAAGUAUGGUCCAGUAUUAAAACAUUACAAAAAUGGUAAAUUCAAUAAAGACUAUAAUAGAAAAGACACAUUAAAGUCUCUUACAACAUUUAUGAAUAAUCCAACUGGAGACACUCCAUGGGAGGAAGAACCUGGGGCAGAAACUGUUCGACAUAUUGAUGGUGAUAAGGAUUUAGCCAAGGUACUAGCCAAAGAGAAAAAACCUGUUUUUGUUAUGUUCUAUGCUCCUUGGUGUGGAUUCUGCAAAAGAUUAAAGCCCACUUAUCAGGAAAUAGCCUCAGAAUUAAAACAGUCUAUUAUUCUUGCUGGCAUGGAUGUUGAUAAUGCUGAAAGUAUGAACACAAGAGUGCAGUUUAACAUCACUGGAUUUCCAACAUUAAUAUAUUUCCACGGUGGUAAGGAAUUGUACAGAUAUAAAGGAAAGCACGAGAAAGAAAUUCUGAUUGAAUGGUUACAAAAUCCCACAGACGAUAGUCCAAAAGAUGAAGAAGAAGAGCAAUGGAAGGAUACGCCGAGUGAAGUUGUUCAUUUGACUGAUGAUACAUUUGAUGAUUAUGUUGCUGCUAAUCCCUCCGUGCUUGUUAUGUUUUAUGCACCUUGGUGUGGUCACUGUAAAGCAAUGAAACCUGAAUAUGUCGACGCAGCUCAAAGGAUGAAGGAUGAAGAUAUUUCAGGCACAUUAGCAGCUGUAGACGCAACUAAAGAAUCUGCGCUUGGGAAAAGGUUUGAAGUGAAAGGCUUUCCCACGGUUAAAUACUUCAAAGAUGGUGAGUUCGCAUUUGAUAUGAAUGAAAGGAAAACUGAUACCAUCGUAGAGUUUAUGAAGGAUCCGAAAGAACCUCCACCUCCGCCGCCAGCUGAACCUGAGUGGAGUGAAACUGCAACUGAGAUCAAUCAUUUAAAAGAUGAUAAUUUUAAAGAUUUCCUAAAGAAGAAGAAGCAUGUCUUGGUCAUGUUUUAUGCACCUUGGUGUGGUCAUUGUAAAAAAGCGAAGCCUGAAUUUACUGAAGCGGCAAAACAUCAUGCUGAAAAUAAGAAGAUUGGGUUUGCUGCCGUAGAUUGUACUAAGGAGACUGCAGUUUGCGGUGCCCAUGGAGUUGAAGGCUAUCCAACAUUCAAGUACUUCAACUAUGGUAAGAAUGACGAGAAAUAUACUGGAGGACGUACUAAAGAUGACUUUAUUAAGUUCAUGGAGAACCCACAAGAACCAGUGAAACCUGAACCCGAGGAAGAACAAUGGUCGGAUGAACCCAGUGCUGUUGAGCAUUUGACUGAUGGAGACUUUGAAGAUUUUGUGUCAAAACAUAACUCUGUGCUGGUUAUGUUUUAUGCACCUUGGUGCGGUCAUUGUAAAGCAAUGAAACCAGCUUAUAUGGAAGCAGCCGCGGAGAUGAAAGCUCAAAAGGUCAAAGGCAUGCUCGCUGCUGUUAAUUGUAUGCAAGAACAGAAAUUACGGCAAAAAUAUGAAGUCAGCGGUUUUCCAUCAGUCAAGUAUUUCAAGGAUGGUAAAUAUGCUUACGACUACCCUCGGUCGAGAACAAAAGAUGAUUUAGUAGAUUUUAUGAGAAGUCCAUCUGAAGCAAACAAGAAUCCUAACAACAUUGUAAAGAAUGAUAUUCCUUGGAGUGAUGAGGAUAACUCUGUUAUUCACUUAACUGGGGAUAAUUUCGCAGAAUUUGUCCAAAGUCAUAGUUCUGUUCUUGUCAUGUUUUAUGCGCCAUGGUGUGGCCAUUGCAAGAAAACCAAACCUGAGUUUGAAACAGCAGCAGAAACGUUCAAUAUUAAGGAGGGACUUGGUAAAAUGGCUGCUGUUGAUUGCACACAAGACAAAGAGCUUUGUUCAAAAUACGAUGUCACAGGAUAUCCAACUAUAAAGUAUUUCAAAGAGGGCGAGGAUUCGUUUAAAUAUUUUCAAGCAAGAACUGCAAAAGCUUUCACUGAAUUCAUGACAAAUCCCCAGCCACCGGAGCCAGAAUGGGAUACAAUUCCUGGAAAAGUGAAACAUCUUACAGACGACAACAUUCAUGACGUGUUGAAAGCUCAUAAGUCUGUGCUUGUCAUGUUUUAUUCACCAAGAUGUGGUUAUUGCAAAACUAUGAAACCUGACUAUAUUGCAGCUGCUGAACAACUUAGUUCAGAAGGGUCUGAUAUAGUAUUGGCUGCAAUGGAUGCGACAAAACACCUCACAACUGCUAAAGAACAUGUCACUACAGGCUAUCCAACAAUAAAGUUUUUCCGAAAUGGAGAGGAAAUUGAGGAAUAUGAGGGUAAUAGAAGUAAAAUGGAUAUCAUAAAAUACGUCAAAACAAAAGACCGAGAUGAAGAUGAAGACCAGGAGGACAAGAGUGACGAAAAUGAAGACAAAUGGCAAUUUCAAAUUGUCCAAGAACUGACUCAGGAUAAUUUUGAAACAACUUUAGCUGGAGUUGAACAUUCUUUAGUUAUGUUUUUUGCACCAUGGUGCGGUCAUUGCAAGAAUACUAAACCCCAUUUUGAAGAAGCAGCAUCGAAAAUACAAGAUGAAAAAAAUAAGUUAAUGGCUGCUAUUGACUGCACGGUGGAGACAGAAUUGUGUGGAAAAGAAAACGUUAGCGGAUAUCCGACUAUUAAAUAUUAUAAUUAUGGACGCAAUACGGUGAAUUAUGAAAACUCGAGGACUUCUGAAGAUUUUCUUUCCUUUUUCGAUCAGUUUUCAUCUACCGCGUCCACUUCGAACAAGAAGGAAGAAUUAUAAAGUACAGCUCGUUUAGCUAUUUUUUAAUUUUGUUCUAUAUAUUAUAUAUAUAUGCUUCCACUUGACUAAGCUGACAAAAUCCGAAUAUUAGUUUUACCCUUUUUCACAAUUACAAUUCACUUACAUACUUUUUAUAUUUCGAACACCUCAAACGGACAUUGCAUUAUUAUUUA